AUGGCGGCUACAGCUCUGCUGCUGCUCGUCUCUCCCUCCUCCUCUUCCUCCUCUCUCAUGGCGAUAGUGAAGCCUGAGAAACAGCUGCACGCUCUAGCGAUGCAUUUGCUGAGAACAGGGGGAUCCAUGUCAACCACGGCGCUGGGGCUGUACCUGAAGAAGUGGCAGCAGAACCCGCUCAUGCUCGGCGAUCCCUCCAAGGCUCGCACGCAGAUGCUGGCCCCACAGAAUGUGCUAGGAGCUACGAAACUUCAGAAUGAGGCAGGUUCUGAUUCCAAGUUGUGUGCAAAGAAAGAUGUCAUUAUUGAGAAGCUCGAUCAACUGCUGAAGAAGUUGGGCGGAGAAGAGCUCUCGCUCAACAUCACCUUAGGCAAGGUUGACGCAGAGUGGAAGGCGGCGCUGGACUCGUGGCUGGAGGCCGAGUCUUCAUACCGCCUGCGCAUUGAGCAGGAAGCCGACGAUGGGUUGAAAUACGUCCAAGACGACUACGAGAAGUACAUGACGGCGUACAAGGAAGCCAAGGCAAACCUGAAUGCGAUGCUUGCUAAGCACCAGGCCGAGAGAGAGGAGCUUGACUCCGAGAGGGAGCUGAUCAAAGAGAUCAUGAGAAUGAUCGGGGUCCUGCAUGACAUCAAGGCCACCGACAAGAGCAUUGCAGCUGGUGGCAGGGACAGCAUCAAGGACUCGGAGACCGGCGUCUCUGACCCCUACGGCACUUAUGCAAGCAAGACGAAGGCUGUCCUGGAGGCUAAGAUCUCGCAGCUCAAACAGAUGAUCAAGAAGUCUGGGCUGAUUAAGGGGGACAAACUCGCGCAGAUCACGAAGCUGCCAGUUUACAGCGAGACUGAAGAGAUCGCCAAGAUCCUCAAGGAGAUGCUCGACGACAUCGAGACCAGGAAGCAGAUCCUUGAUGAUUCAGAGAAGCAAGCUCAGGCGACGGUGGACAGCUACCAUGAUAAACUGGUUGAGUCGGAGCAGAAGAUUGCUGAGCUGGGUAAGGCAAGAGACAAGGCAAAGGAAGACGUGAGCCCUGGCCUCAAGGCGACUGACAUGGCAUGCCAACUGACAUCGCGUUUCUUCUCAGUACGAGAGCGAGAAACUUCAACGUGA